GCGCGGCUUCCGCAGCCGGGCCGCCCUCGGGAGCCGCACGGGCCGCCCCGGGCUCGGCGCUUCCUGCUGCUGCCGCCGCGGAACGCGGGGCUGCCGGAGCCUGAGCGGAGCGAGGCGGGCACCGCCGCAGGUCGAAGUAACUGACAGAAUCUAGAAGAAGGAGGCACUUUCACAAAUAUGGAAGAGGAUAUCAAGCCUCUCCUGGUUCCUGUGGGAGGUGAUGAAAGCAGUUAUGGCAUCAUGAAUAUACAGUUUAAUCCAGAAGACUUUAAGUGCAAAAGACCAUUUCAUGUGGAGCCUACAAACAUAGUCAGUGUGAAUGAUGACAUGCAAAGAGUCACUGAUGAAGCUUCAGCAAUGAAUAAGCGAAUUCAUUACUAUAGCAGGCUCACAUCUCCUGCAGACAGGGCAUUGAUUGCUCCUGAUCAUGUCCUUCCAGCUCCUGAUGAAAUCUACGUGUACAGUCCACUAGGAACUGCUUUUAAAGUUGACAGUUGCACAGAUGGCUAUGGUAAAAACUCCAGUAUAGUGACAAUAUUUAUGAUAUGGAACACAAUGAUGGGUACAUCUAUAUUAAGUAUCCCAUGGGGAAUAAAACAGGCAGGCUUUACUUCUGGAAUCAUUCUCAUCUUACUGAUGGGCAUUUUGACUCUUUAUUGCUGCUACAGAGUUGUGAAAUCACGGAAAAUGAUACCUUUAUUAGAUACCUCAAACUGGGAAUUCCCAGAUGUUUGCAAGUAUUACUUUGGAUCCUUUGGUCAGUGGUCAAGCCUCUUAUUUUCUAUGGUAUCGCUUGUUGGAGCCAUGGUUGUUUAUUGGGUGCUUAUGUCCAACUUUCUGUUCAACACAGGAAAGUUUAUAUACAAUUUUGUUCAUGACAUUAAUGUAACAGAUAUUGUUCCUGGUACAAAUGGAAGUAAUAAAGUCAUUUGUCCAAGUGCUGCUAGUGGUCACCCACCGCAGAACAGGAGUGUGAUGUUCUCUUCUGGCAAUGAUACAGGUUUUGAGCUCUUCGAGAAGUGGUGGAACAAAUCACAAACAGUGCCAUUGUACCUGAUCGCUAUUCUUCUACCCCUGCUAAAUCUAAAGUCUCCAUCCUUCUUUGCAAAGUUUAAUGUCCUAGGUACAGUUUCAGUUGUCUACUUAGUUCUUCUGGUUACUGUAAAGGCUGCCCAUCUGGGAAUCCACUUAGAAUACAACUGGUUUACAGAGAAUGAUUUUUUUGUACCAGAGUUCAGAAUUCAGUUCCCUCAGCUGACAGGGGUUCUGACACUUGCCUUCUUCAUCCACAAUUGUGUCAUCACACUUCUUCAAAAUAACAGGAAUCAAGAAAACAAUGUGAGAGACCUCUCUAUUGCAUACUUCUUGGUGGGAUUAACGUACCUGUAUGUCGGGGUGAUAAUUUUUGCUUCUUUUCCUUCACCACCGCUAUCCAAAGAAUGUAUUGAACAGAAUUUUCUAGAUAACUUUCCCAGUGAUGACAUCAUGUCAUUUGUUGCAAGAAUAUUUCUGCUGUUCCAGAUGAUGACUGUAUACCCACUGUUGGGGUAUCUGGCACGAGUUCAGCUGUUAAGACAGUUUUUUGGAAAUGCUUACCCCAGCAUUUUCCAUGUGCUCAUCCUGAACAUAGCAAUUGUAGGAGCUGGAGUGGCAAUGGCAAUAUUUUAUCCAAAUAUAGGAGGUAUCAUAAGAUACUCUGGAGCAACAUGUGGUUUGGCCUUUGUGUUCAUGUAUCCAUCCCUCAUCUACGUGAUCUCGCAGCAUCGUGCUGGGCAGCUGACGUGGCCAGCAUUGAUCAUUCACAUCUUUAUAAUCCUCCUUGGACUGGCUAAUCUGAUUGCGCAAUUCCUAUUGUGAAAACUCCCCCUUCUCCCUGUGCCUGUCAGAAGUGGUACUGUGACAUUUGGCAACAGCCUUGAGCAACACUGUCAUGCAUGAGAACGAACAGUCCUCGUUAUGAUCUUGAGAAAAGCUGCACCUUUGAAAUAAAUUCAAAACACAUCUUUCAGGUGCUUGACAGGAACCCUGUCUUGCUCCUCUAAAAACAGUUUUAUGGGAAGUGAAAUGUUUCACAUAACAGUGAGGUAGGUCCCUUGUUUUGUUAAAUGUACAUCAAAGAUUAAUGAAGCUCACAUACUUUAAUUUUUUUACAGCACACUUCUCCAAACACACAGCUUUCAGCCUCAGGCUGUAGAACUUCUCUUUUCUCCAAAGGAACUGUGCUUACCUUUAUUAACAAACAUGCUUUCACAGUGUUGUUCAGUGACUGUUUGAAAUGCCCUUUGUUGCAGUUAUUUUCCUGUUUUGUUUGGAAAAUGGAAGAAAUUUUUGUUUUGUUUUGGUUUAGGUUCAUUUAUAGUUAUUUGGGUCAAAUGCACUCUUAAUUUUGAAUGUGCUGUUAAAUUGUUUUGGCAAUGUUUUUCCUCUAGGAAAUUCCAACUAAGAGAAACAAUAAAGUCAUGUCUCAGUGUUUUAUUCAGAACUAA